GAAUUAAUUGCUUUAGGAGAAUUUGUUGGAGUAGAGAACAGAGGAUUAUCUGAAGCAGAAAUCAGCAAACACUUGCAUUCAUCUACAUUUCAAUCUAACAGUUCCAAGACCCUUAUUGAUCGAUGUGUGGUGUGUCAACUGGAAUACGAAGAAGGAGAGAAUCUAGUGGCACUUCCAUGUGAUCAUCCUUACCAUUCAGAUUGUAUACAAAAAUGGCUUCAGAUAAAGAAGAUUUGCCCUAUAUGUAGUGAUGAGGUCUCGUCCACUGAUGUACCCACGAAUGUAUAGCUCUAUGUCACUUGUUAGGGCGGAGCUAGGGUUAAUGUUACGGGUUCGGUUGAACUCAGUAACUUUGGUCUAAAUUCUGUAUUUGUUGUAAGAAAUUUAUUGAAUAUGUACAAAAUAUUAAUUUAGAAUACAUUAACUUAAAAGGACUAGAAUCCCCGUAAGAUUGGCUCUGCCGCUUUCUCUUGUAUAAAAUCAAAAUUCUUGUACUUAAAUCAGUCAAGAUUCAUUGAUAUUGCUAUGGGAAAUUGGGAACUGGAUUAAA